ACUCGUAAACCACGCCCCUUUUCAAGGUGAUUGUCAGAUUGUCACCGAAAUACACAGGGUGGGCAACUGUGAGAAACAAAAUGUUUAGCGUUGAAAGUUUGGGACUACUUGUACUAGUAGCGUCUAUCUUGCACGUGAAUCGCGGUGUGUAUCUAUCUCGUACUCCUCUGUCGUCGUCUGUCUCUUUCAGCUUGGAGAACGCAAAAAUGGUGUGGUGUAUUGUAAAAAAUUGUAAAAACACCAAUACAACGUGUACUCCGGAGAAAGUCAGUUUCCACAAAAUACCGGAAAACCAAAUCAUGCGUGAAGGAUGGUACAAAAAUAUCGGAGAAGUUGUCCUUCCUUCCAAUACGGUGAACGCAAGAAUUUGUUCAAUGCACUUUACGCCAGAGUCAUUUGUUCAGCCGAAGAGGAAGAGAGCUGCGGCAGAAAAGAUUUCAAAAAGGCGGAGUCUUUUGCCAUCCGCUGUACCUACAUUGUAUCUACUGCCAUUAAAUGAACAAGCAUCUCGUGAAGAAGAUAAUAUGAAUGUGAUCAGGCGGGAGUUUCAUUUGGUUUGCCCAUCCACGAGCACUAAUAUUCCGAUACGAUCUUCGACCCCAGUACCAUCCCCCGCAGAAGUCACUGAGCACUUACAAGAUUUAGAUCUGUUGAUGAUGGACUCAACGAGUUGCCAUGAAACAUUAACAUCAGUAUCUACUAGGUAUGUAUUAAGAUACAAGUGUAUACCACAUUUUGAGGAUAUAUCUUGUAUUCAAGUUAUUUUUUUCCACAAUAAGUAAUGUAAUUCCUACAGUUGUGUAAU